AUGGGUAAGGUUGAAGAAACAUCCUUGUCCCAUGAAAUUAAACAAUCAAAUAUUUACUGUGGUCGCGAUACUAUCCCAGGACAAGUGCCAUUCUACGCUUCAAUAGAAUAUGAUGAACCAAACGUGCAUUACGAAUUGUGUAGUGGUGUUUUGAUUGCAGAUCGAUGGAUAUUGACUGAGGCUUAUUGUUUAAAAUUUAUUUUUGGACCCAUACGGGUUGUUUUAGGUAACGAAUCAAACAACAAAACAAUUGGAGUGGAAGACUACUACAUCCAUCCGAAUGUUAGUCUUGAAACAACCAUGAACAAUAUCGCUCUUUUAUUAUUGAAAGAACCAGUUCAGUUCAGUAUGAACAUCCAACCAAUUUGUUUACCAGAGCCUGGAGAAGAUGAAACUUUUCAUGGUCGCUAUGGGACAGUUGCUGGCCGGGAAAAACUAAAUCCAACAGUGAGAAAAUUACCUUCAAAUAUGCACAUAACCACGUUGCCUAUCGACAGAUCUGAGGAUUGUGAUAAAUUUUUCAAAAAAGUCAUUAAAAAAAAUAUCACUGAUUCCUUUUUUUGUGCUGGUUACCCGAAAAGACGAAAAGAUGCAUGUUUUCCUGAUCGUGGCGAUCCGUUUAAUUUUGUAUAA